UCUCUCAUUCUUUUGUUAUUAUAUUUAUUUAUCCCUCCCUUACAGCACCUACCCAACGCAGAGCCAAGUCGAUGGUCGUUUCAUAAGAAGCGAAGGUUUGUUUCCAGGGUUUGGGCAGGGGGAUGGAUCCGGUGUUGCUGGACGAUAUCAUAAACCGGCUGCUGGAGGUGCGGGCGGCGAGGCCGGGCCGGCAGGUCCAGCUAUCCGAGGCGGAGAUCCGGCAGCUCUGCGUUGCCUCGCGGGAUAUCUUUCUUAGCCAGCCUAAUCUAUUAGAGCUCCAAGCUCCCAUUAAGAUCUGCGGUGACAUUCAUGGCCAGUACGGUGACCUUCUAAGGCUUUUUGAAUACGGAGGUUUUCCUCCUGAGGCUAAUUAUUUGUUCUUAGGUGAUUAUGUGGAUCGGGGAAAACAAAGCUUGGAAACUAUAUGCCUUCUUCUUGCAUACAAAAUCAAAUACCCAGAGAACUUUUUUCUUCUAAGAGGAAAUCAUGAAUGUGCCUCAAUAAACAGGAUAUAUGGAUUUUAUGAUGAAUGUAAGCGUCGGUUUAAUGUGAGACUGUGGAAGGUCUUCAUUGAUUGCUUUAAUUGCCUCCCUAUAGCUGCUCUAAUUGAUGACAAAAUACUGUGCAUGCAUGGUGGCCUUUCCCCUGAUCUGUUAAACUUGGAUCAGAUUAAAAACUUAUCUCGUCCUAUUGAUGUCCCAGACACUGGUUUACUAUGUGACCUACUUUGGUCAGAUCCUGGAAGGGAUGUUCAAGGUUGGGGAAUGAAUGACAGAGGGGUGUCAUACACUUUUGGUGCUGAUAAGGUUUCAGAAUUUUUAUUAAAGCAUGAUCUGGAUCUUGUUUGCCGGGCCCACCAGGUUGUUGAGGAUGGCUAUGAAUUCUUUGCUGACAGACAACUUGUCACCAUAUUUUCAGCCCCAAAUUACUGUGGUGAAUUUGAUAAUGCUGGUGCAAUGAUGAGUGUUGAUGAAACUCUAAUGUGCUCUUUUCAAAUUCUCAAGCCUGCAGUGAAGAAACCAAAGUUCAUCAUGUCAACAAAAAUAUGAUAAUCGGAAAGCUUGCGUCAUCAAGCUGCAGCGUCAAUUUUCUGUGGUCUGUAUGCAUUUAAUUUGCUCAUUUUCAUGAAGGCUUUAAACCUGUUUCACGCUAAUGGCGGUGAGACAUUCAUGGAGACUGUAAAGGCUGGAAUCCUGUAGGUGAUGGACUUGGACUCAUCAAUGCCCGUAGCGAAGCUGAAAUAAUGUGAGAUGGGCACCAAGCAAUCGUGGUCUGGAAGCAACUAUGUUUCAUAGUCAGCAGAUGCCUAGUUCAUUUUCUUUGCUUUGUGAAACUAUGCUGUAGGGAUACACAAAGUGGUGCUGAAAGGCUGAAGCAUCUUACUGUUCUCUUCAAUAUCCUCAACCGGUAAAUGUGAUCAUUUUUUCCCCUGGGCAACCCAAAGAUGUAAAAUAUUUCUCAUAAAGCCAUAUUGUCCAUGUAUUGCUGAUGGGCAGUAUUCAUCGCGCGCGAGGACUCUUAUUUUCUGGAAGCAAUCAGAAUAUUGACUCAGAUACCAAUUUUAAGCCAUGGUUUUGGUUUAGAUGAUUUC